AGAGACAUAGAGAGGGGAAGACUGCAUCUCUCUCUAUCUCUCUCUCAUUUCGUCUAAUGCACCCACAGACACAAACACUCAGCGACGUACACUCCUCCAGUCCUUAGUAGCCUGAGGGACGCACGCACGCACACAGAGACCAAAAACAGCUAAACCAGACUGUACCAACUCGAGGAUCUCUGAACCACACCACAGAUGGGGCCUGGAUUGUUUUGGAACUUCCCUCCCAAGGCUGGCUGCACGGUUCCACAGAGCCUCCUGCAGACCAUGUUGCUGUCCAGGAUGGCGGCGAUGAAGGAGCAGCAGUUCACUGAGGAGAAGCCCCUGCUGCCAGAGCAGCGAGGAGUGGACUCAGACAUGCAGGAUAAAGGAGAGGAGGCAACGGGGGCGUUACCGUGCCCCGCCAGUCCCGCGCCCCUUAACCAACCCCCUCCCCCCAGCCGCCCCACUCACCGCUGGCAUGUCAUCGCACGGCACUGGCUCCGCCAGACCCGCCGUCGGACCAGCGGGGUCCUCCCGGAGAGCUGUGAACAGCUGAUGCCGGCAGGGGACUGGAAGGAACACGAUAUUGAGACCCCUUACGGGAUGCUGCAUGUGGUGAUCCGCGGGGCACCGAAAGGAAACAAGCCUGCCAUCCUCACUUAUCACGAUGUGGGACUGAAUCACAAGCUGUGCUUCAACACAUUCUUCAAUAAUGAGGAUAUGCAGGAGAUCACCAAGCACUUUGUUGUUUGCCACGUCGAUGCCCCGGGACAGCAGAUUGGAGCGUCACAGUUGCCACAGGGGUACCAGUACCCUACUAUGGACCAGUUGGCUGGGAUGCUGCCCACUGUGGUGCAGCACUUUGGAUUCAAGAGCAUCGUUGGGAUUGGAGUUGGAGCUGGAGCUUACAUUUUGGCCAAGUUUGCUUUGAUCUUCCCUGACCUGGUGGAGGGUUUGGUCCUGCUCAACAUUGACCCCAAUGGCAAAGGCUGGAUUGACUGGGCUGCCACCAAACUGUCAGGUCUGACCAGCGCUCUGCCAGAUACUGUGCUGCCACAUCUUUUUAGCCAGGAGGAGCUGAUGAACAACACAGAGCUGGUGCAGAGCUACCGGCAGCAGAUCAACAACACCAUCAACCAGUUUAACCUGCAGCUUUUCUGGAACAUGUACAACAGUCGGAGGGACCUGGAGAUGAAUCGUAGUGGAACCGUGCUCAACGCCAAGACCCUAAAGUGUCCUGUGAUGCUGGUAGUGGGAGACAACGCUCCUGCUGAGGAGGGAGUGGUCGAAUGCAACUCCAAACUGGACCCAACCAACACCACCUUCCUAAAGAUGGCUGACUCUGGUGGACUUCCUCAGCUCACACAGCCUGGCAAACUGACUGAAGCCUUCAAGUAUUUUCUGCAGGGAAUGGGCUACAUCGCUUAUGUCAAGGAUCGGAGGUUGAGUGGAGGGCCAGUGCCCUCCGCCAGUAUGACCCGUUUGGCUCGCUCCAGGACAGCCUCCCUGACCAGCGCUAGCUCCAUGGACGGGUCCCGCUCUCGGGCCUGCACCCAUUCCGACAGCACCGAGGGAGUCGGUACGGUCACCCACACCAUGGAGGUGUCCUGCUAAGGAGUCGGACAGCCACUGAAAGAGAGGGAGGGAGGGGAUAGAGGGAAGGAAAGAGAGAGACAGGAAAUGAUAAGAGCAAAGAGGAGAUGAGGGGAAAGACAGGAAGGAAAGUUCAUGAUUAGGUUAGAGACAGCUCUCUCUGUCUUCAUCUAUCUCCUCCAGGUCCCUUGUCUGCCAUCUUCUUCCCUUCUCCGCUGUAAAAUACCAUAUGUAUUGUUACUAAAACCCCCAACCACACCUGUCACCCAUCACUUACAAAUUUAGGCAAUUGUUUUUGUUCUCUAAGUGUCAAUCUUGUGUUUGCUAAGUGUCUCCUCAUUCUCUGCCUGCACCCUUUCUAACCCAAUCCCCACCCUCACCCCCCACAAAAAAGGAGAUGACCCUGUCUGUGAACAGUCCACACAGCAAUAUGUGAUACUGAGCUGCUUAAUACCGUAAUAUAAAAAUCUGUCAGAGAUGGUGAAAGUUCGCGAUACACCUGGGAAAACAGACAGGGGCUGCAUAAUGAAAAAGUGUUUCGCAUCAGUACUUCGCAAACGGUUUAGUCUUUUGCUGUGAGGACAAAAUGUGAGUAUCUCUCUCUGUGUUGUUUGUAAGGGAUGGUUAUUUCUAUCCAUGAGUGACAGUGUCAGAAUGGGGUGCGUCCAGAAUUUCACAGACAGCAGAACACAGCUUAUUGUAGCUGAGUGCACCUGUAGUGCUUAGAGAGGAUUUGUUAGCUUUUUUAGAGUACACCACGCUGAUUUAAAGCUGCACUUGGUAAGAUUAUAUGUCAGCCUGUGUGACAAUACUGCUUGGAGCAAAUUGGCCUGUUGUUCAUGGAUGACCUAUGUUAAUAUCACACAGUGUUUUCCAGUAAAAUAUUGAUAUCCAGCUUUUUAACAAAGCAACUUGUAAAAAAAAGGUGAUUCAGGACACUCACAGUUUUUUACAUAUGUAGUAUCUGAGACACAUUCUGAGUUUGGACAUGGUCUUUCAUUACAUCCUGAUAGGAAAUUAAACCCAGCUGCCAGUCGUGAGUGAGCUGAAACCUAGCCACUACACCGCCAGGGUGUUUGAGUUACACAAAUAUGCAGCAUCUAAUUCAUUCACCUGAUUUUAUUGCUUUUACCCUAAUAAUUUGCACAUGACAUGGUCAAAGUCUAACCAAACCUGUGUUUGCAUAAUCUUGAUUUCAAGCAAAAUGACAAUCUAUAAUUUGUGGGCCACUGAAGUCCAUCUAUUGUUCGGCAUCAACUGAGCAUAAAAUGCUUAAUAUAAAUAUACAAUCCAGUGUAGCCAAAGUAGCAGUAAGGUUACUAUGAAGCACUUAUUCAGCAUGCAGAAAACUAACAACUCAGAGGUGGAUCUGAACUUGUAUUUCCAGACCUUAAUCUCUCACCUAUAAUCACUUGAUGUGAAAUAAGUAAUAUUAUUAUUGGAAGUAUUUAACUGCUUACAAAACACUAAGGAAAUGCACCAUUAUGAGCUGAAAAGUUCCAUGUGUGAUGUUUGUAGGUAGCAUGUAAACUGAGGAAUGGAGUUAUGCCUAAUAGAAGGACAUUAUUCUGUGUGUAUGAUUUUUAAUUGCAGAAUGGAAGUGCUUUAUAGAAGAUAAUCCUAUUCACACUAAUCACUAAAUACAUUUUAAUCACUUGCUACAGUUAUGUUACUGUGAUUCAAAAUCAUUCCAAUAAGUCUGAUGCUUUAUGGAGCAUCAGACAGGCCAGUCUGCACACUGAUAUCACAUUAUUGAUUACUGAAGUUCAAAUUUUUCCUUAUUGCUUCCAUCUGGAACCAAAUGUAUUCAACAUUGCUGAGUGCAGCUUUAAGCUGUGUGCCACCUCCCAUUUCAAAGACAAUCCACUACAUGAAAAUAGGCUAGAAUAAGUAUUUAUUAAAAUGUAUAUGCAUGUGAAUGUAAAAGUAACAUUAGGGCAUUAGUAGCUAGUAUUAGGGCAUUCUUCAUUAGCACCUUACAUGUGGCUAGUUAAAUAGACCCACGGAUGCAACUGCCAUCAUCAGUCUGUAACUCCAGUACAUGGAUGUAGUUCUGUUCACAUUCGGCUCUUUGUGGUCUCUAAAAUGACAAUCACCCUCUGACCCAAACCAAACUUGACCAGGGGGACCGAGGCAGGACGAAGCUGGCCCGACAAACUCUCUUUUUGGGUCACCACCAAAGAACAAAGAACUUUCCGCAGCCUUCCCUUAUAAAGCUCAGCCCCUGUAUGUGGAUAUACCAAAGCUACCCCAAACCCCGACACACACACACACACACACACACACACAGACGCAUAUUCUGAUACAAACACACAUACACACACACAUAUUAUCACACAUCUUCUCAAAUGAAAGCUGUGUGGGCUGUGUUUUGUAAGGGAAUAAGCCAAAGAAAAGGCAUAAACACAUAGUAAGGAAUUCAUUGCUACGUGGUCAGCAUGUGUUUUGAUGUGCUGUGUUACCAUAAUCUCACCACUGUAGUACAUGUAUAUAAGUCUAGUUGUAGACUAGUGAAGCUGUGUGCUGUUAUCUGCUGUAAUACUGGACCACCUUGUCAAUGGAGAUGGGGUCCCCUGGUUUUUGGCUUAGUAAUGUGCAGUGUUUAUGUCCCAUAGUCACCUUCUCCUGUUUACAGUUUUACCCUUUGGUCCCCUGUCAGAAGGGGCGUAGCUUCCAAUCGCUGAGGUGUGCGCUUCCCUGAGGCAGCCUGUAAGGGGCGGGGCUUUUUUGGAGCCAUUUGGGCGCCAAGCUCAGAAUGUAGGGCAACCCCCAGCCACCUUAAAAAAUAAUCCCUUUCCCCUAAAAAAAUCACAAGGUGCCCCGGCUCUCACAGGCAAACCCAGUCGCACCCUAAAGGGCUAUCAGCUGAAGUCACUUUUUAAAAUGUUGGUAGUGUUAGUUGUGUUUGUGAACUCCAGGGGGCCUGAGACAGUAGCAGAGCCAUAGCAUAGAGAAUAAGCUUCAAAUAAGAAGAGAAGAGGUUGUUACCAAAACAUAGAGAGAGAUUCUGAAUGAAUGUUAAAGGAAAAUGAAUGUGUUUUAGUUGAAGCUGGAGAGAUUAUUGUUGAACUGUUUGAAAUAUUCAAAUGGAAAAUGUAAUAGUUUGAGAAUCCUGUCAAGUGAGAUUAUGAGAAGAUAUUAGACAGAUCAAACACCUCAGUCACUCCUCUCAGAACCUCAUGGAUAAAUUUCAUGAACACUGAAGUUUGCAUGUAGCGGAGUUCGUGUACGAUCAUCUUUCAGUGUUUUCUCUCUUCACUAAGCUAUUUUCUGCCAUCUACACUUUGGUUUCCUCCUACAUGACUUCUACCCAACUGCCUGGGGGGCUCCUGAAUGUAAUCUGUCCCUUUUUGAAGUGCUGUACAGUAUUGUCAACCUACGCCUCUCAGAAACCCACUCUAUGGUUUGACAUUUAACCUUGUACAUGAAAGCCCAAAUCCUUCCUGCUCCUCUUCAAGGUCUAUAAAUAGUGAAGUUGAGUUGUGAUUUGUGAAAGCCCACAGUAAGCUGGCACUGCAUCAGUUUGUAUAGACCUUGAUCCUCCUUGCACUUGUAGAUAAUUUUUAUUUAUAGAGCAGGUCACCCAAACCGAACACUCUAACACUACUGUAUUGUGAAGAAAACAUACUUCUGUUCCUCUUCCCUUGGAGUUUCUCUUUUUUAUAGGCAACGAUAGAGUGUAAUCUCAUCUUGGUAUAAUGAUAUUGGUUCAUGUGUUCUACUAUUCUUCUACUUCUUACUACUACCAUUAUGGUUGAUUUGUAUUGAGCAAUAAGUUCUUUUUUGUUCUUGUUUGGAUUGUUUCAUAUUGUGGGAGUCUUCCCUAUGAGCUUGUUUAUAUUCACGACAGUAGAAGGACUCUUACCUGCUUUGUUGUCAGAUGUGUAAUGUAAAAUUUAAAUAUAUUAUAUAUAAAUGCAUAUACAAAGUAAGCCGUCUCUGUCCAUGUGCUGAUCAAGUAACAAGUAACAAAUAAAGACUUGAUGUCAGAA